AUGAUACAGACGUGGGGCCAGACGUGGCUGAACCAGACGUGGCUGAACCAGACGUGGCUCAACCAGACGUGGCUCAACCAGACGUGGCUCAACCAGACGUGGCUGAACCAGAUGUGGCUGAACCAGACGUGGCUCAACCAGACAUGGCUGAACCAGACGUGGCUCAACCAGACGUGGCUCAACCAGAUGUGGCUGAACCAGACGUGGCUCAACCAGACGUGGCUCAACCAGACGUGGCUCAACCAGACGCGGCUGAACCAGACGUGGCUCAACCAGACGUGGCAGCUUCGUCCUGAGUUUCAUCAUCCGUGGAGGGAAAUUAAUGAAUUUUACAUCGUCACGCAGAAUUUCGCAGCGGUGGCGGUAAAAUGGCAAAUCGGAGCGAGCGCCUGUCGCGGGGCGCUGGUGGUGACAGCAGCGGCAGUUCUGUUGGCUGUCGUCAUCACUUGGGUGUUGUACGUCGUGGGGUCUGCACAUACUUCAGAGUUUCUGCGACUGUCAUUGCAGGGACCAAUACGCUACAACCAUCCGGAGUUACUGCGCUACAUUAGAGAACAACUCCUGAUUCCACCUUCCUCUUUGCCGUACAACCUUUUGGGGAGGCGCAACAAGGCGCUGCAGCGGAUCCUGGAUAGCGAACGAUUUUACCACGAGGCUACAGAGCUCAUCUUCAAGAACGUGAGAAGAGGAGUGUUCGUGGAAGCAGGAGCGUUGGAUGGAGAGACGAUGUCCAAUACUUUGGAGCUCGAGAAGAAUCACGGGUGGACGGGCCUGCUGGUCGAGGUCGAGAAGCCGUCAUUCGACCAGCUCGUCAACAAGCAUCGCAAGGCAUGGCUUGCGAACGUCUGCUUGUCUCCGCAUAAAUACCCUACUCAAGAACUUUUUGCUGGUAAAUCAAGUCACAUAUCUGCAGCUACGAUAGAGGAUUCCGGCUUCAAGCACCGAGCCAUGAGCAAGCUACAGAGAUACCGAGCAGGACAGCCGAGUUUAAUGAGAGGCAUCUUCAGGAAAGUGCAGUGCAUUCCCCUUUGUUCGCUGCUCGCUGCCCUGAACAUGACGAGGGUCGACCUGUUGGUUCUAGACGUUGAAGGCGCUGAGAUGGACAUCUUAAGAAACUUUGAUUUCGACGAAUUUGAUAUUCAGGCAAUUUAUUUGGAAUGGAAAAACUUCGAAGAACACCGCAAAAUUUCUGAGGAAAUUAAGAGCAAAGGCUAUCGUCUCAUCAAACAUGGCGGCGAGGAUUUCGUCUUCCUGAAGAAGGCGUCUCGAUACGACAACGUGCUCCCCGACUAUGACAUAAAUCUACCAUAGGCGUCGUCCUUAACGCGAUUUAUUCCUAAUUAAUGAACUAAAAUAUCAUUAACGUAGCUCUUUAUGAUGCACAUUCAUAUAAAUGAACGGGUCACAUUUUCCAAGUAGUGACACCCAAAGCACGAACUGAGAGGAGCACUGAUACUUAGUUGCCUAUUUACCGUCUUAGCCCGUUUACACUAGUGGCAACGACAUGCGCUUUGAGUCGUUUGCUGCAGU